CUUUCAUCUCAAGUGGCAGACGACAACUUCUGCAGGAACAUCAGUCACAAAAGCUGGUAAAACACAGUACUACUCUCAUUAUAUCUGUCCAUUGUGGGGUUCCGUUGAUUUCCGAUCAAGUAGAGCUUGCUUCUACAGAUCCAUUUCCUAAAUCCAUACAUCAAAUUUUUCAGCUCAAGCCAGAAAUUUAUAUCCGCUUUUAUCUCUUCUUUUCUCUUUAGUUUUCAGGGAAAAAGAAAAGGUCAAAAAAAAAGAAAAAGCGAAGAAGAAAAUAGGAUCUCCAUGAGACCCAAGACUCAAUACCCCACCGGCCUUAAGCUCAUUUUGAUAUGCUUAUUAGGUCUUCUCCUUCUUUUCUUGGUGCUCAGAUCAAGUUUCUCAUCAUCUCAGCUUCAAAAUUCAUCUCUGAUUUCAGCAAUUUAUCCAUCAAACAUCAUUGCAUCAUCAUCAUCACCAGAAACUUCUCAAGAACAAAGCCAGUCGAGUACUGCUACUACUUCCAAUGAUUGUCCCCCUACAGAAACUCUAGUUCCAACUUGCACCAAAAUCUCACCAUCUCUAGCAAAUGCAAUUGUCCAUUAUGCAACCUUAAACAUCACACCCCAACAAACCUUCAAAGAAAUCUCUGUUUCCCUACGAGUACUGGAGAAAAAAUCACCCUGCAACUUCUUGGUCUUCGGAUUAGGCCACGACAGCCUAAUGUGGACGGCCCUCAACCACGGCGGCCGCACCGUAUUCCUCGAAGAAGACAAGUCCUGGAUCGAGCAGGUCCAAAGACAACUACCAAAUCUUGAAUCUUAUCAUGUAACCUAUGAUACUAAGGUAACUCAAGCUGAUGAGAUCAUGGAAGUUGGGAUGAGAGAAGACUGCAAAGUGGUGGGUGAUCCGAGAUUUUCUAAAUGUGGCCUUGCUCUGAAGGGGUUCCCAAGUGAAGUUUAUGAUAUGGAAUGGGAUUUGAUCAUGGUGGAUGCUCCCACAGGGUGGCAUGAUGAGGCACCUGGAAGAAUGACUGCUAUUUACACUGCAGGAUUGAUGGCUAGGAAUAGAGAAAGUGGUGAAACUGAUGUUUUUGUUCAUGAUGUUGAUAGAGACGUGGAGGAUAAGUUCUCAAAGACUUUCUUGUGUGAAGGAUACUUGAGAGAACAAGAAGGAAGGAUAAGGCAUUUCACCAUUCCUAGCCACAGAGCUCGUUUAGGUAGACCUUUCUGUCCAUAGAUCUCCAUCCCAUCUCUCACUCUUUUAAAUUUCUUUUUUUUAUUAUUUGGGUUAAUUGGGGGCUAUUUUGCGUUGUUUGAGAAUUCACGAAUUCCACUGUGGAUUGAGGGAAUGACAAAUCAGGGGUGGAUUUCAUGGAAUAGCCAAAGCAUUUGUGCUUUACCCAUUUGUAUGCAUUCGUUUUAAUUUGCCUAAUAAUUAAUAAACAUAUACGAAUUCUUUCUAUUUUA